AUGUGUCGUCAUGAAUACGAGCCGCUGCCGGAUACAGCAGUAUAUCGAAAGGAAAGAAGAAGAAACGGAGUCACAAUGAAUACCAGAGGACUUCGCUCUCAGCUUAAGGACAGUGUACCAGUGGCAGGUUUCUGUCCACAGGGAGCUUACGGAGUGCAGGACUCUCUGCGUAGUGGCUUCACCAGUGUCAAGAAUGACCUGAUUCCAAGCCAUCCGCUGGAGCUGUCAGAAAAAAAUUUUCAGCUUAACCAGGACAAAAUGAAUUUCUCAACACUCAGAAACAUUCAGGGUCUUCACGCUCCGCUCAAACUGCAGAUGGAGUACAGGGCGGCCCGGCAGAUCCAGCGUCUGCCGUUCCUACAGAGCUCAAACUUGGCUCUCGAUACUCUGCGAAACAGCGACGAGUGCAUUGGAUUUGAGGACAUUCUCAGUGAUCCAGCCCAGAGUGAAGUGAUGGGUGAGCCACACAUGAUGGUGGAAUACAAACUGGGAUUAUUGUGAAUGAGGAUGGACACACAGAUAUUAUUAUUAUUAUGUCUGAAUACAUUUGUUUAUUGACUCCAUGAUAAAAAUGAACAGCUCAGCUGGAGUGUUGCAAUCUGGGCAGGAAAUGGGCGUGUUUGUGUUGUGGUCUUUAAAUGGGUCACUAACACAGGCUGCUUUUGUAUGAUUUCCAUCUGGUUAUUUCUAAUAAACUUCACAACUUUCCUCAUGA